UUUUUUUUUUUUUUUUUUAUACCCCCCUUAAAUUUAGUUUGGAUCUAUUUAACUUUUACCCCCACUUUUCCACCUUGUGCCACCUCUGUCCAACCGCUAUCUGUCAACACCUGCUAUGUCUCGUCGCUCUAAUCGACUUGUUCGAACACGCUCCAGUGGGGUCGCCGACUUCUGUAUGCUACCUUACGCAUACCGUGAUCGCUCUCGCGUUCCUGCUGCUAACCGACCUGAUUUAUUCGCCAUCUUUAAUCGCCUCGACCAGAUUUUCUACAACGGUAGACUACGUUCAGCAGGAUUUACCUUCUCCUAUUCGUAUGGCAGGAAUAACUGCGGGUUAGCAACUUUUGGUUCCCGGGUAGUAACAAUAAGCAUUCCGUUACACUGCAGUCACGACGACAUCCUGGAUGAAGAUGCCAUCAUCCGCACACUUCUACAUGAAGUUAUUCAUAUUUACAUUUUCCAGCAUUUCCGAAACGACGUUGAUAACUUUGAGCCGCAUGGGCCCACCUUUAUGCGGGAGAUGCGACGCAUCAAUCGCGUGGGGAGGGUCCAUGGGCUACAAACCUCUGUGGGGCAGGACGUAGACAACAUCAUCUUCGAGCGGAACCAUCCUUAUAGGUGGCUUUGUCAAACUUGUGGUUUCGUUGCGCGAUUCUCCAUUAAUCAACCUCCUGGAUUUCUUCGUGGACGUCAUCCGUGGCCCGUUAAGAAUUGCGAGGACCUCCCAAUACUGGUAUACCCACACGGUCCCCCAUGGGACACGGGGCCGAGAUACGCUCGGCCAACGUCGGUGACCAAGAUGUUCUGGUCACCUACCGAUUCCGCAAGGCCGGUAAGAACCAUUGCGGACCCUCGGUUUGGGCCGGGACCUUUCCAAUCCCUAACGGCUAUGCAGGCCGCUACCCGAGUUGAGACCGCAACUCACACGUCGAGGAGGAUGAGAGUGGGCGAUCCUGAUGGCGCGAAAGCACCCAAUAGACCGCCCUCUCCCAAGAACUCCUCUAGCCUCAAGCGAUGUAGGCUGUUAACCACUGCCACCACGAGUCCAACCCAAUGA